GUGGUCCACGGAGAAUUCAUCAUCACUUUAAAAGGCACGAGAGAUUUGGCACAGUGGAAGAAAACGCUCGCAGGCGAGCUCGGGUGCGCAGGGAGUGUCUCUUAAUACACCAUCGGGGAACACCAUUUUGCACCUUCCUUCCUGUGCAGAAGACUCGCUAAGACUUAGAGAAACUUGGACUCUGAAUUAAAGAAACUUACCAUAGUUGGGUUAUUACUUGAUCGACACUCUCUGACUGUAGCGGUGCGGUGAUGUGGAUGUGGUCAUUACGCACUCAAGCUUUGGCAAACCUCGAUGUUUGGCUGCAGAACUGGACUUCAAAAGCUAGUUAUUUCUCGAUACCUUCCUCUUAUUUUUUGUCUCAGUAGUCAUAUGACACUAAGUUUUGCUCGGUGUCGGGGUUUUAUAGUGAAACUGUCUGCCUACCAGUUGGAGUCGCGUGAUUUGCUGCUAACAACCCACAACAAAAGAUGAAUGUUUCCCUCUUCAACGUGACCCAGGACGCAAUGUUUAACGGCAGUCAGAGCCUCGCUGGGACACUGGCAACAUACUCCGGCAAUGCAACCGACAGCGUGGUGACCGGCGACGGCGGAGGGUCCCUGAUACUGCUGCAAGACGAGCGCAAACUCUUCGUGAUGCGUGUGGUGCAAAUCGCAGUGCUGUGCGUGUUGUCACUCACUGUAGUGUUCGGUGUAUUUUUUCUUGGGUGCAACCUGAUGAUUAAGUCGGAAAGUAUGAUUAACUUUCUGGUAAGGGACCGGAGACCCUCCAAAGACGUGGAAACUGUUAUGAUUGGGCUCAGCUAGUUCACCUAGAUGGAGAGAUGGAUGGAGAACCGGUAUGGAGAUCUGUUGCACAUUUCGAACAGCAGAUCAAGAUCUACAUCUGCAUGUACUUAUCAAAGUGUGUCCUUGUGACUAAGAUAUGCAAAAACAUGACCUACCGAAAAAAAAGGACUACAGGAAAGUAGUCCAACGACCAAUGUUUGUGCGUAAAGUCUGUGCGUAAAAUAAGGGCAGCUGUUUACACGUGGGCCGAUCUGUUGAAUAUUUUGAGUGAAUUUGUCGUUGCCAACUUGAACAAAGUAAAAAACAUGUUUACAAGCCGUUACCUCAUUUUUGAUUUGUUUUUUUUGCCUGGUAAAUUUCGAAUGAUUAUUAAUAUUUGGUUUAAAAAAAAAAGUCCAAAAGCAUGAUUGUGAAUUUUUAUAGUUCCACGCCUGCCAGUGUACUCUGUGGACGUGAUGGAUGUGUAUGUGUGUAUUCUCUAUACAAAGUUUUUUUUUUUUCUUGUUCUUGCUUGGUACACCUUGAGUAUGAAAAGCCUUUAGGGUUUUCAACAAACUUCGUUACAGCUUUAUGGAGUGACUCUGGUCCUACUUGGCAUGCUCGCUAACUGCUCUGUAAAGUGACUUUGGAUCUGUUUUGCACUUUGAAAUCAUCGAUGCUGCAUGAAUUAUUUUGUACCAAAAACUUGAAACUGCGGCAUGCAAGUAAAAAGUUGUAACAACUAUUUUAAGCUUUGUCAACUCUUAAUUAAUUAGCACUUUGUAUUAUUUAAUUGUUUUUAAACAGAACAUGUUCAGAAGAAAAGGCUACAGUGGUAUUUCUCUUGUAAUUGCAUUUUGAAGUCUUUUUAAAAAAGUAUUUCUCCUUAA